GUGGUGGCCCGCACCCAGGGAAGAGAAGAAGAUGUGCCAGCCCUUCCCAAAGCUUCCCUUGGUGCAAGGCUAGCAGAUGCUUUUAGUUUCAGCCUUCCAGUGUUCUCAUUCUGGGUGUGGGAAGAAGAGGGCAUUUCUGAGGCCAUGUCUCCCCUAGGAGUGCAUUGCAGUUCCUCAAUGGAAAAGGUGUUAAAAACUGCCGGCGGCACUGUGGAAGCAUGGAGACAAAAUAGGCAUCUGUUGAGACCCUCAAGGAACUAUUGGGCAAAGUGAUGGAAAUGAAGAGCUUGAAUCAUCACUUCAGCAUGGCAGGAGCUGAAUCUGACAAGGACUCCGGAUAUUCAGAUGGAAGUUCAGAGUGCCUGAGUGCUAUGGAGCAGACUGACUCGGAGGAUGUGCUGAAUGCGUUGUGUUGGAACACAGAGGAUGGGCCUUGGCAAUGCCCAAUGACCACAAGCAACUCCUUUCCUGCACUUUCUCCUAUGGUCGUAAUGAAAAAUGUGUUAGUUAAGCAGGGGAGUUCAUCACAGCUCCAGUCUUGGACUGUGCAGCCAUCCUUUGAAGUGAUUCCAGCUCAGCCACAGCUAGUGUUUCUUCGUCCAUCAAUCCCACCUCCCGUUAACCCUCACCCUGUUGGGAAAAAGAGAAAUGACUCCACUAAUUACCUGCCCAUCCUGAAUUCUUAUCCCAAAAUAGCACCACAGCCCUGCAAAAGAGAUCACUCCUUUGAUCUAGAAGAACGUCAGGAAACCAAUUGCCAUAAACGACUCUGCACAGAAGCACCCAAAAUGGAGACUUCACCUGUACUGAGGAGCGCAGGGUUGCUUACUAGUCCUUUUGCCCGCCUACCAGUUAGCUUUAAGAAUCCUCAGGAUUCUAACCAGCAAAGUUCUUCAACUCUGGUGACAAGUGGAAAACUGUCAGCUCUUCCUGGUUUUCAUCGUGUUUCCAGUGACACUCAGAAAGUGCCAGGUUUGACUCCCCUUUUGCCUUUUGGAACUCUGCAGGCAACAAAGUGCACCCCUCAUGAGAGUGAGAGUGCAGCACAGACUAUGAUGCAGUCUGCAGUGUGGAGCCCCCCACUGAUACCAGAAGAGAUUUGCACUACCCCUGAGCUGCUCUUGCAACAACAAAGCAAGUGCAGACGCUUUCAAAAUACACUCGUUGUGCUACGCAGGUCAGGAUUGCUGGAGAUCACUUUAAAAACCAAGGAGCUUAUUCAUCAGAACCAGGUGACUCAGGCUGAACUAGACCUGCUGAAGCACCAAACACAGCUUUUCAUAGAGGCAAUAAAGAACAAUGCUCCACAGUCAUGGGCAGAGCUAGAAGCAUCUCUAACAGGAUCUGAUAAAGCUGAUAGCAACCUUGGAGACUCCACUUAUCCCAACGUGUAGUAAAAAGGUACAUAGCUGUUGGUCAAGUUAUUUCUGUGCCUCCUAUUUCCUGUCUCAAGCUUUUACUUGAGCAUUUUCUGAGUCCAAGACUUGUGAAGUGGCAUGCCACUAACAGCUUGUCUUCAGAGCCAAUUGUGGGACUGAAAUAGCAUGGUGGGGUCUUGACAGAACGGGUACUUACUAUUUCAGUGUGACCUUGAACUCCAUGCUAACUGUGUGUACUUCCUUGGACUCGAGAAGAUUGGAUGUGCUCUGCUGGCAUGUUCCCAUUCUUGCAGUGAAAAGACAGUCAUUUGCAGUAUUCUACAAGCAAGCAUCUUCUUAUUCCCAUCUUCAGAUAGUCAGUUCUGAGAAUGGAAUAGCAGAACAGCCCCAAUAUUGGGCCAUCAUCAGCUGCAAGUAGAUGAAGGGAGUCAGUGUGAGGAGAGGAAACUUACGUUGGGGGGAUGGUAUCUUUAGGCUGUGGCUGUUCUUUGUGGUAGCAGAGAGUCUUACUUUGGGGUUUUAAUACAUUUGAAUUAGUGGAGAUCUGCUUGUGCUGAAGCAGCAUUCUAUAUUCAUCACAGUCUUUGGUCAAAGAGAUGGGUGUCUUAGGACCCAAGUGAAAUUACAUGUUUUGAUAAGUAUACUUUUGAUUUUGAUCUGUACAGUUGAGUGAGUGAAAAUCACAAGGCUUGCACUGGAAGUGUUUGUUCCAAAGCCAUAUUUAUUAAUGGCUAACAAGUGUACAAGGCAAGUGGCUUUGGAUUUUCUUAGUUAAACAUUGUUAUUAAAGACUGCAGUGACUUUUUUUAAAAACAGUACAAGGAAGAUACUCAUUCACCAGGAUUAGUUUGGAAAGACUGGUUGCAUAUUAUUUAAUAUGUAGAUCUUUAGUUUACAAGUCUAAACUCCUUUUUUUUCUGGAAAUCAGAUUGCGAAGUAUUAAAAAAAAAAAAAGGUGAAAGGAAAAGGAGCAUAAUGGCCUGUGGUGAAAAAAGUCCUCCCAUCCCCCUUCCCUGUCUUUUUCAUUUGGAGAAAUCAGAUGAAUGUACCUGGAGAAGUUGGAGGGGAAAGGGGGGGGAGAGAGAGAUGUCAGCUUGGAUAAUCUCCCUAAAAAUUUUACCUACCUGAGUUUGAACUUAAAAAAAA